CAGUGACAACUCGUCAAGUCGUCAAUCUUUAAUCAUCAUCAGAGAUAUUUAGAAAUAAUAGUAUUAAAUUCUAAUUAUAGAUCAAAAUUUAUAUUGACCUAUUUAAGUAAAGAAUUUUUUAUUAAUCUUAAAAUAUUAAAACAAGAAAAUAUAUAAAAUGUUUGAAGAGUGAUUAUGGAAAAAUAUCCGCUGAGGAGAUCUGGAAAUAUAUCACCUGUGUCGCCCACAUACCAGUCGAUGAAUAAAAAGCACUUGAACGGUAACAACAGAGCUACGUUCGUGGCCUCCCCAGAUGAAGACAUGAUUGACAUACAGACGUCUGGACCAACUGGGGGCGGAGACCUGCACCGCACCAGCAGAUUGGGUGACGAAGACGACGAUGGGGUGUCACAUUAUUCUGUAGCUUAUUCUGGAGCACAUGAAUCAGCAGAUAUACCAGGAAUUGGCCAAUAUGACGAUUUUCACACAAUUGAUUGGCAAAGGGACAUCGCGAGAGAUCGAAUGCGACACAGGUAUAUUGUCAAAAAGAAACAAGAUUCCCUUUGGAACUUGAUAGAGGGCGCGCACGAUGCGUGGUCGGGUUGGCUGUGCGUCCUGUUAGUUGGACUAUUCACGGGCGCCGUUGCCGGAGUUAUCGACAUCGGCGCCAGUUGGAUGACGGAUCUCAAAUUCGGCAUAUGCCCACAGGCGUUCUGGUUGAACCGGGAGCAAUGUUGCUGGUCUUCGAACGAGACCAGCUUCGAAGCGGGAAACUGUUCGCAGUGGUUGACUUGGCCAGAAGUUUUGGGACAGGCCAAGCUGGGAGUCGGGGCUUAUAUAGUUUCUUAUAUGUUUUAUAUAAUUUGGGCCCUACUGUUUGCAGCCCUUUCGGCUUCCCUGGUAAGGAUGUUCGCUCCUUAUGCUUGCGGAUCUGGUAUUCCUGAGAUUAAAACCAUUUUAAGCGGGUUCAUUAUCCGAGGAUACCUGGGAAAAUGGACGUUGAUAAUAAAGUGCGUCGGCCUGAUACUGUCAGUAUCAGCCGGGCUUAGUUUAGGAAAAGAAGGACCCAUGGUACACAUAGCGUGCGCCAUCGGCAACAUAUUUUCCUAUCUGUUUCCGAAAUACGGAAGAAAUGAAGCCAAAAAAAGGGAGAUAUUGUCGGCUAGUGCUGCGGCCGGGGUGUCCGUGGCUUUCGGUGCUCCUAUAGGAGGCGUGUUGUUCAGUCUUGAAGAGGUGAGUUACUAUUUUCCAUUGAAAACUCUAUGGAGAUCGUUUUUUUGCGCUCUGAUAGCCGCCUUCAUUCUGAGAUCUAUAAAUCCGUUUGGAAACGAGCAUUCCGUCCUAUUUUUCGUGGAAUAUAACAAACCGUGGAUCUUCUUUGAGCUGAUACCGUUCAUCGGGCUCGGAAUCAUAGGGGGUCUGAUAGCAACGGUUUUUAUUAAAGCCAACUUGUACUGGUGCAAGUACCGCAAAUCCUCGAAAUUGGGGCAGUAUCCUGUGACAGAAGUGCUUAUAGUUACAGUAAUGACCGCCAUUAUAGCAUAUCCUAAUCCUUAUACGAGAAUGAAUACUAGUCAACUAAUAUAUUUGUUGUUCAGCCAGUGUGGUAUAUCGAACUCUGAUGAUAUGUGUGAUUAUAACCGUAAUUUCACCAACGUGAAGUCUGAGAUACAGUUCGCUCCAGCUGGACCAGGUGUACACAGAGCUGUGUGGUUACUGAUUUUGGCUUUAAUCCUGAAACUCAUUAUGACUGUGUUUACUUUCGGUAUGAAAGUACCUUGUGGUUUGUUUAUUCCAUCUUUGUGUUUAGGAGCCAUUGUUGGGCGUAUCGUCGGUAUUGGUAUGGAACAGUUGGCCUUCAACUACCCGCAAAUCUGGCUAUUCAGUGGCGAAUGUUCGACAGCGAACGACUGUAUCACGCCUGGUCUGUACGCCAUGGUGGGGGCGGCCGCUGUGCUAGGGGGUGUGACACGCAUGACCGUCUCGCUGGUGGUCAUCAUGUUCGAACUAACGGGCGGUGUGAGAUACAUCGUACCGCUGAUGGCCGCCGCUAUGGCCAGUAAAUGGGUAGGGGAUGCUCUGGGUAGGCAGGGGAUCUACGAUGCGCACAUAGCAUUGAACGGUUAUCCGUUUUUGGAUUCGAAGGACGAGUUCCAGCACACGUCGUUGGCGGCUGAUGUCAUGCAACCCAAACGAAACGAAACCUUGAGCGUGCUCACCCAAGACUCGAUGACGGUGGACGACGUGGAGCAACUCCUGAAGGAAACCGAGCACAACGGCUAUCCGGUGGUGGUAUCGCGAGAGUCCCAAUACCUCGUCGGCUUCGUAGUCAGAAGAGAUCUAAAUUUGGCCAUAGCCAACGCAAAACGGAUGGUGGACGGCAUUUGCGGCCAAUCGUUGGUGGUCUUUACGACGGGCAACGCACCGCAAACGUUGGGCCCGCCCCCGUUAAAGUUGAAGAAGAUUCUGGACAUGGCGCCGAUCACCAUCACCGAUCAGACCCCCAUGGAGACUGUUGUAGAUAUGUUUAGGAAAUUAGGUCUAAGGCAAACGCUCGUCACGCAUAACGGACGUCUGCUAGGAGUGAUAACCAAAAAGGACGUCCUUCGGCAUAUCAAGCAGAUGGACAACGAAGAUCCCAAUUCGGUCCUUUUUAACUAGUUCUAAGUAUAUAAAAAAUUCCCCUAAUCCCCUCCCCUUGUAUAGAAAAUCAUUUAAAACCCCCCGUUUGAGAGAACUCUUAAUAGUAAGUAGAGUUUGCUCAAUCGGGCUCUAAGUAUAAUAUAUAUUUUUUAACUCAGAUCAUUUUAAGUCAAAACUAAUAUUUGUCCUUGUGUUUAUAUAUUUAUUAUUUACUAUUAUUAUUGAUUAUUAUCAUUUUUUGAUGAACAACGUUGUUAUAACGUACAAGUGUCUUCCCCCGAAAAUGAAAGGAAAAACCACGGUAUGAUUUUUUUUGUGAUUCUGGAAAAUAUUUUUUUUUUGUAUAUUAUGGUACCUACAUUCUCACAAAUGUGUAUAUUUAUGUUAUGUGGUUUAUUAAUGCUCAGAAUAAUAUAUUGUACCUAUGUAAUAAACUGGAUUUUUAUAAAUAUUUAA